AAAUGAACGACUCUAUUUCGACCUGGCAUUUUUCGGUGGCCAGGCGUUGGUCGCCGUUGAUUUUCAUUUAAUUACCGAACCAAAUUUCCGACACUUUAAACGAUGGCGGCAUAAAAUAAUUGCAAGUGCUGAAAACAUUAAGAAACCGGCUUGCAGCCCCAACUUUAUGUGGUUUUGGCUGCAGCUCCAGCUUCAGGUUCGGUCUUAGCUCCAGUUUCAGUUUCAGUUGCCACUCCGGUUGUUGGCCAGCUCGAUCGUUCGUUGGCUUUUUGAGUUGCAGGCGCGACUUUCGUUUUCAUUUUUUCUGCUGGUGUGUUGCUGCUGCUGUUGCUGAUGUUGCUGGUGCUGCUGUGCUGCCGCUUUUGCUGCCAAUUGUAAUUGAAUUUUGUGUUGUCGGCAAAGUGGCAACCGUCAGGCAACAGCGGCAGCAGAAUGGUGGCCUGGCCAACAACCGACAGCAAAAAGGAAGCAAUUUCAGGCUAAAUUUAGUUUAAAUGCCUACCCCUUCGCUCCCGACUGGCUAACUGACUGACUGACUGUCGUCGUCGCCGACUUUUUGCAGGAAUAUGCCGCCUGCUGUACAGUGUGUGCUCGCUUUUAGAGCCGCUGCUGCUGCCGGCUGGCAUUAUGCUUACUUUGGAAUUCAAUUAACUUGAAUUUGUUGCACUGGCGCGACGUGAUUUCAUUUUUCCCGAUGCACUUUUCAAAGCACCAUUCCUCGCUCCGAUGAUUGUGUUUUAUGGAAGCUAAUGAGUGCUAGCUCCGUUGGCGCAGCCCGAUUUCAACAAUUACGAGAGCGUUUUGUGCCCAUUGCUAAAAGAAAUGGAUUAUAAUUGUGCAAGAGAAAAACUAAUGUUUUCCAUUUUUUAUUUUUCAUUUUACAGCACAAAAAAAAUUAGCUUUUUACAAUUGCUCAUGAAAAAAUAAUGACAUAGGUGAUAAAGAAAUAACACGGCUAUUAAAGCUGUUGUUAAUUGAAAGCGAAAAUAAUAGAAAGUUAAUUUAAAUAAACUGGCCGAACUAAGAGUGCCAUAAAAUAUUUAUUCUCAUAUAUUGUUAGGUUGAGGAAUCCGACAGGAAAAUGGACCAAUGGACCUUCGUAACAUUUCUGUUUGUGAUCAAUGUUUAUCGAACCGCCUUCGUUGAAGCAGGCAAAAUUAAGGAUAUGUGCCUCGAACAGGUGGGAUUGACCCCCGAAGAACUUAGAGCCCGGCAUCAGACGGAAAUUCCAAACCCCAAUGUCAAGUGUUUCUUGAAAUGCUUUCUUGAGAACAUUGGAGUUAUCGCUGGCAAUAAGAUUAUACCUGGUGGGUUUGCCAAGGUUCUAGGCCCCUUAGUUACCGAUGAAGCCGUUGAGCGAAUGGAAACCGAGUGCCACGUUGUCGAGGCGGAUCCAAAUGAAGAAGACCCUUGUGAAUUCGCCUGGCUUAUGUCUUCGUGCUACGAAAGAUUGACUUUAUCAGACCUUCGGCAACAGCCGGGAGCCGAACGACGCAGGACAAAAAAGCGACGGAGAAGGCGCACGGGGUAGUGGUGCUAAUUAUAUUACAUGUUUGGUACAAAACUAACUAAUUUAUAUUUUGAUAUCUUGUAACGAUUAUAUUUCACCAUUAAAUUUCGCAACUUUAAACGAUUAUUUAAUA